AUCUCCUUGAUCCCCUAGCUCCUCACUGGAGAGCCCUUCUUUCUCACGCACAAACUGAGAUCAUUUCGGCAAUGCCAAGCUGAUGGAGAGGCCGGAGGGAAGGGUCCAACAUGACAUCACUCAUAUGUCUGGCAUUCUGUGGGAUAGAAUAUGGUUUCUAGACACCCUCUAGCCCACAGGAUGAUGGCUAAAUGAUUACCCACAAUGCCUAUGCUGCGACUCUCUGGCAAGGUUAUCCCAUAGCAGAUGGGACUGUGUGAAAGUUUACUCCCUCCAGAGCAAGUAUCCCAAAAGAAUCGGAACAAUCUGCAUGAUCCACUUCAACCCAGUUCCAGAAGUGACAGAGAAUCAUUCUGCUGCUCACUCUCGGUGGAAGCAAUCGUGAACAAACCAGAAUCAGGCAGAAGGAAUAGAAGGUCCAUUUCCUGAUGAGAAGGGUGUAUAUAGUCUUGGUGGUCAACCAGAACCAUGGACAGCUCGGCAAAAGGAAGUAAAAAGGAUGCGCCUGAUGGACCACCAAAAGACUCGAAGAUGCCUGUCAGCGAGGCACUUCUGGACUACCAUCGUGAAAUAAAGGAGAAUGCAGUGGAGCGAUUCACAUUCCACAUCAGGAAGCUGAGGGACAAGAAUCAAAAAUACCUUGAAAGGAACAGACGCUUGAAAGAGGAACAGAACUGGCACUUAAAGAAUCUCAUAAAAGAACUGAAGGAUGAGAAGCUGGAUGUUGUACAACCCAUAACAAGAGAGGACGUGGAGGAGGCAAUGAAGGAAAAAUGGAAGUUUGAAAGAGACCAGGAGGCUCACUUGAAAGAAAUGCGCGUACAAAUAAGUGAGGCUGAGAAGCUAUUCCUUGAAAAACUCAGUGAAAAGGAAUAUUGGGAAGAGUACAAGAAUGUAGGGAGUGCACAGCAUGCUGAACUCAUUCUUUCCUUACAAAAUGACAUCGACACAGUUAAAGAAAAUGCAGAGAAAAUGUCAGAACAGUAUAAAGUCACCCUGGAAGAUACUAGGAAGAAAAUAAUCAGAGAAACAUUGAUCCUACUGGAACAGAGGAAAGAAUGGGCCACACAGAAUGCUGUAAGGUUCAUUGACAAGAACAACUAUCGAGAGAUCUGGGAGAAUGACUGGCUAAAAAAAGAAAUCAAGAUUCACAGGAAGGAAGUCGAAGAGUUGGAAACUUGUAUUCAUCAACUAGAAGAGGAAAAUCUACUGCUUAUUGAGCAGUUAUUUAACUGCAGACUCGUGGAUCUCAAAAUACCCAGGAAACUGUACAUUACUCAAGCCGCUGGGCUGCAAGUGACACCCGAAGACGAAUCUUUGAAUUUGCCAGACGCAAACACAGCCCCAGAGGAGAAUUUGCAGUUGCCCUCCAAAGAGGAGAGUGACGACAGGUUGGACCUCUUACUGGGGAGCAGCUAUGGGAUUAGCAGCCCAGAUAGCCAGCCCAAGAAGACAGGAAGUAAAGAAGGCUCCUGUACAGAGAUAGAGGACCCCAUCGUCAAGUACUUGGUGCAAGAAGAUGAACAAGAUUUCAAGGAAUAUGUAAACUUGGGCCCACUGGCAUUGAAGCUAAUGAGUGUGCAGGGCAAGAAAAUGCCCAUUCAUUUUCAAGAAAAGGAGAUGCCAAUUGAAUUUUAUGAAGACAUGCGGAACCCUGAAAGCCACAUCACUCAUAAGAUGAUGAAGACGUUUCUGUAGGCCUGGCAGCCACGCCUUUCUUUAUACAUUCUUUGUGAAUUAAAGCGCCCAAGUUUGCUCACA